CUAACUUUGUGUGGCGAGAAGACGGAUCUUGGCCAUCAAAGUGUUCCAUAAAGAAGGGAGGGGGCAAUGUCAUGCGGAGAUAAAUGUGGAUCAGGCACACACGCACGGCGCAGGAGGACGAAGAGGGCGCUAGGUGGUCUAUAAAAACAAAGUUGCGGAAAACAACUUCAACACAUUAACCAACUUCCCCGUUCGAGACUUUAAGAUCUGUCUCGAUUGGUCUUGGGGCAAUUUCUGUCACGGAAUCUCGACCACUAAGAACUCAGGUCGAAGUUUCUUUAGCGCGAACAGAUUUCCUAGUUUCAUUUUUCCUGUAACAAUUACUUUGGCGGCAACAGAACGGCUAGAAGAAAGAAAACAAGCCACAAUGUACACAGCGACCCUUUUCUACACUUUCCUUGUGGCAGCCUUUUCAGCAACGUUUGCCCAAGGGUGUUGUGUGUCCGAGAGACCGACCUCGAUGUAUUUUAGAGGGUCACCUGACGAAAUGUAUUGCUGUGCCCAGUUCAGACCAGCAGACGAGAACUUCUAACAAGAACCGUUUGAGCCGGGCACCCCGACCGUUGCUUGGCGAGCAGCGAUCGCCAUCCCAGAGUCCUGCAAGUUUUCCCCGCUCACAGAACACAAGAGGCGUCAACCUCCGGGAUCGGAAUGGGGGCCUCAUGGGCAGAAUAAACGGUGCACCUCGUGUUUGCAGGCAACCAUCUGAGCCUGGGCGGUGCAUGGGGUACUUCCCACGAUACUUCUACAACGCCGAAACCGGCGAGUGUGAGAGCUUUACAUACGGAGGUUGCGGCGGGAACUCGAAUAACUUCGAGAGGUUUCAAGACUGUUUCUCGUCGUGCGUUCUUCCCCAAACAAUAGCUGGAUCAGGCGGUAGAGGUAGAGGUCGCAGCCCCGACAGAAAUCCCUUUUUAGGCAGAGAGAGGCCAGCUCCUCGUGGCAACAAUAAUGGGGGGAGCACAGUUGACCGCAACGGCAGAACCACCAACAACGGCAAUAACAGAAGCUUACUGGACAGCAUUAACGAUGGGUUUUUCUCUGAUAGCUCAAACAGUCUCCUCGGCAGCAGUUUGUUCCUCGCACCGCAGUCGAGUUUCUCCCCAAACACUCGUGGAGACAGCAGAGGAAGGGGAGGGAACUCGAGAGGCUCCCCGAAUCGUCCAGGCAGCCGGGGAGGCUCAUCUAAUACCUGGACCUCGAACUCUUUCCCUGGUGGUCGUGGGAGCUUCUCUGGGAUUGCACCAGGGGGCCCCCCACCCCCUCCACGUGCUUGUAUUCUGGAUGUAGACAUCGGACCAUGCCAAGCAGCCAUAACCAGGUUCUUCUACAACACAACGAGCAAGCAAUGUGAAGCGUUCAUCUAUGGUGGUUGUCAAGGUAACGAUAACAAUUUCGCUACUUUCGACGAAUGCAAGCGGACGUGCGAUUUUUUUGACGAAUUUAUAGCUCGCCAAUCUGGAAACUGGAUGAACAAUAGACCGUCUCAAAGCUCAUCUAAACCUCUUAGCUCCUCAUCUGGUCGUUCCAGCCAGACACCAAAAGGCGCCCCGAGCAAAGUUCCUGCAGGAUUUGCUGCUGGAGCCCCUCCCCCACCCCCAGCCACUUGCUUCCAGGCCCCAGAGCGUGGCCUGUGCCUAGGCAACAUGCGCCGCUUCUACUACAACGGUAACAGCAAGCAAUGUGAAAUCUUCACUUACAGCGGGUGUGGAGGGAACCAGAACAAUUUCGCCUCUCUGAACGACUGCAAGAGACUUUGCAACUACUACGAAGACUAUGUUGAUAAUCAGAAAAACAUAGAAUUAAGAAACCCGCCUGUAAAUACUGGGUCCAAACCCAGCGGUAACCCUCUUCCGCCAAAGGUGUCCGGUUUUGCGGAUGGUGCCUCCCCCCUUCCUCCCCGACGAUGUAUUCUUGACCCAGAGCCCGGUCCAUGCUUCGCAGCCAUUCCACGGUUUUACUAUAACACGCAGACCAAACGAUGCCAGCCCUUCGACUACGGCGGCUGUGCUGGGAAUAACAAUAACUUCCAGACCCUGCAAGACUGUCAGAAAACUUGUGACUACUUCGAAGCCUUUAUCAAAGGUCAAAGUAACGUGAGCCCCUCUCAGAAACCCUCUCUUGGUCAGGACACCCUGGCAGGUGGAAAAGGUUUUCUGCAAACUUCUGGGACACCGAACUUCGGCUUCCCUGGUAACACCGGCCCGAGCUCAAUCCAGUCUCAAUGGCAAAACUCCAGACCCGCCUCUUGUUCUCUGCCUGCAAAAAGUGGGCCAUGUCGAGCAGCUUUCCGGCGAUAUUUUUUCAACCAGGAAAGCGGCCGCUGCGAGCUUUUCCUGUACGGAGGCUGCCAACCAAACGAAAACAACUACAUGACGGAGGCAGAGUGUAGACAAGCGUGUUGGGGCACAUCGACGUCCAGCAGUGGGCCCUCUGUUGGAGGGGAAAAUAACAACCCCUUCCUGUUCGCCAACGACAACUCCGACUCGAGUCUAUUAAAUGGACUCGUGUCCCCGCUAGACCGCAACCUGGCAGUUCUCUCAUCAGUCUCCGACAGGAACACGCCUGUUCUCUCAACUUCGAACCAGCAGGCACCCGCAAGUCAAGGCAGCGGUGUGUGUUCUCUCCCCGUGGAGCCCGGCCAGUGCUUCAUGCAGAUCACCAGCUACUACUACGACAUAAAGAGCGAGAGCUGCCAGCCAUUCGUCUACUACGGCUGUGGCGGGAACAAGAACCGCUUUGACUCUGAGCGACAGUGUCUGUCUGCGUGUGGCAGUACCACUGACCGACGCAUUUCUACAACAACACGCCGUCCUGGAAGCAGGGCAGGCGGAAUGCUCAUCGAUGACGGAUUCUUUUUCAACUUACCCAGUUUAUAAGACAUUUGUUAUUUGCUCGCUUGAUCAGUAAGGCUGGUCAGUACAUCGCUUGUAACCUUCGAACUGUAUGGUUCAGGCUUCAAUCCCCGAUAUAACAGUUAACCAUGAACUCGGGGUAAAGGCAGGCAUUUAAUUAACAUCUUCCCCCGGUCGGGAAAACACCAUGGAAUUGGAUGAAAACGAAAAAUAAAUGGAAUGAAGCCAUUAAAAAUCACCGACAUUCGAACAUUUUCUUCAUAGCCGAAGACUUUUAGUGAUCACGUAGCCGAUUGGCCAGUAUAGCUUCAUUUAGCUGAUGCAUUUAUCUUCCCCUUCUCUCCGUCAUUACCAAAGAUAUUACAGAGUCACACAGAAAACGAUAAUAAACUCCAGGACAACCCCCCCCCUCCAGGAAAUUUUUUUUUUUUGAUGUGUGGAAACCCUGUAUACUUCUUAUAAAGACAAAAGCCUGUAGUCCUGGGGCCAAUACGUCUUCAUGUACUAAAAUGGUCAGAAUUGGUGACUUUCAAAAGUCAAAACUUGAAAUUCUGUUUCUGUCUCACUUACAACAUUGAGCAUAACAAACUACAUUCUUAUCUGAAAAGAUUUGUUUGUGUUCUUAUUAGAAUUUACCAAAUAGUAUUGAAGGUGUUAAUGUCUCAACCUUGUACCCAUCAGAGAUGAGAGGAAGUUCGAAGUUAGUUUGAAGGCAACUAUCAAUUAUAAAUUAAAUAAAAACCCCAACUACAUAAUAUACUUUUGGCGAUUGAUUUUGUCUCGAUUAUAAGUCUUAGUAAUGUUUAUAAGAUUACGUCAAAAUUUAACUGUUUUCAUAACAAAUAUCUCAAGUCCAUCGGCCGUAGUUUCAGCGCUAUAUAGCACUAACAGACAGUUUUAAAAAAAAGAAACAAACCCAAACACAACAACAAACAACCGAGUAAGAAUCCAAGUAAAUUACAUUGUAUCAUAACCUAUUAACCCUUGACUGUUCAAAGCAAGAGUGGAAUACCUAACGAUCUGACAGAAUUAAUUUCUCUUUAUGGCUGCAAUGGUUUAUUUUCAGAGGUGGAAAGUGGGCUACAAACUUUAGAUGAAAAGAUGGAUCAAAGCUAUGUAGUAUUAUAUAGGACAAUGGAUUUUCUUCAAAUCCGUCUUCCUUUGCUUGGCGUGUAUAAUACAGUAAGUGUCGCGGGAAGAAGGCAUGCUUAGGGAUGGUCUAUUAGACAUGUACAUAUUAUUCCAGGGUCUCCUUGACUCCAGCGAGCCCAGUCUUUCUUGGUCACCAAUUGAUGGCCGAUGGAAAGAUCAGGGAACAUUCUGAUACUCAAUUUACGCCCUUGCUGUUGACAAAUGGGGCCAAUAUGAAUGGACUCUUUAUUUUAUUUUUUGUGUGGAAAAAUUACGUCCCCCCCCCUAAAUGUUAUAUGAAAGAUUAGGUAACCAGCCGCUCGUGUUCAAAGGAGUUUUCGACAGGACAGCUCGAUAAAAAAAAAAAUAAGGAUCGUCGGAGAAAGAAAUCCAUAACAUUAUUUUAAAGGUUUCUUUGGCAAAGAUUGCAAUUUUUAGCAUUGGUGGCUCAUAGUGGAGUGAUAAUUGUAAAAACGCUGUAUCUCUAAAUUAUUUUUCUGUAGAAUAAAAAGGAAUCUGAAAACUA